GUCUUCUGAUUGAUGAUUGAUUGUUGACUGAUUGGGGAGUGAUGGUUUUCACCUGUGAGGGGAGAAGGAGAGAAAAGAAACACACACACAGGAUACACACACACACAGGAUAACUGUAUCCGUAACAUCCUGCCUUGUGCGUUGUAUAUUGUGAAAUAAUAAAGAGUGCCGAUCCCUGCUCUAGCAGAUUCAGGGAUUGAUUUCAAAUCAAAUCUAACUUUUUAUUUGUCAUGUGCCGAAUACAACAAGUGUAGACUUUACCAUGAAAUGCUUACUUACAAGCCCUUAACCACCAGUGCAGUUCAAGAAGAGUUCAAAUAUUUACCAAGUAGACUAAAAUAAGAAGUAAUCAUAAAAAUUAACACUAAGAAUAACAAUAACGAGGCUAUAUACAAGGGGCACCGGUAACGAGUCAGUGUGCGGGGGUUCAUGUUAGUUGAGGUAAUUUGUACUUUAGGUGGGGGUCAUAUUAAAAAUAUAUAUUUUUAUCAUAAUGUACUGUGUACUUCAGCUUGUGUCCUCAAAAGUAACCACCUCAGCAAUGUAUAACUAUUUUUACCAGAAAGGUGAGAUUUUUGUCUUUCUUGGAGCAUGCAGCAUUACUAGUUACAGUUUAUGGCCCUCAUGAUAAAUAAUAACUUUCGGGAUUACAUCUUAGUUAUAUCUAGAAAAGGCUCAUGUCACAUGUAAUUUACAAUAACGCUGGUUUCAACAGAUCUCGUCAUAAGUAAAUUACACGUUUCCUGGGUGGGGUGGGGACGCGAUUUGUGAUAUCUGUUCGUCGACAAAGCAAGACAUGGUCACAAUGGCAGGUAAAGUCAUUCAGUUCAUUCCUACAACAUGACACAUACUUUUUCAGUUUAUAUUUGAAUGCAUUUUUUUCUACAACACAUUGGUUGUUGUUAUUCACACAGGCUCAUUUUGAAUCAUAAAAUGAGGUAAUACUGAUUCCUUGUCAAGUAUUACAAUACGGGAUAUUGCUAUAAUACCUUUUGAGGAAACCAAACUGUGCAGACACUAUACCAAUGUAUUUCGCCAAAAGAAAAAAUGAAUUGUCCAUUUAGCUCUUAAUAUUUUUCUAUACUGUUAUAUCUAGAAAAGGCUCUUGUCACAUGUAAUUUACAAUAACGCUGGUUUCAACAGAGAUCUCGACACAUUCAUUAGACGUGGAGACGCGAUUUGUGGUAUCUGUUCAUCGACAAAGCAAGACAUGGUCACAAUGGCAGACCCAAAUAUCUCAUACCUUUUGAUUGUGGAGGACUUUGGUGAAUACUUCAACUACACUGACUUCAACACAACUUAUGAGCUUGACGAAAACACCCUAACCUGCAAUACUACCCCCAUUUCCUCCGGUGUGACAGUCGUCUUAUGUGCCUUAUACGUCCUCAUCUUGCUCUUGGCCAUUCCUGGCAACAUGGUGGUGGGGCUGGUGAUAGCCUCCAGCAAGCAGCCGCUAUCUCCCUCUGACUUAUACCUCCUCCACCUGGCUGUGGCCGACUUCCUGUUGGCUCUCACCCUCCCUUUCUGGGCCGUUUCUGUCACUGUGGGCUGGGUCUUUGGUGACGCCAUGUGCAAACUAGUCAGUGUCUUUCAGGAGGUCAGCUUCAAUGCCAGCAUCCUGUUUUUGACCUGCAUCAGCGUAGACCGUUACCUGGUGAUCGUGCGAGCCAUUGAGGCAUCCAAGGCUGCUCGUCGCCAAGAGGUCAGCUGGGGCACCUGUGCCACUGUCUGGCUCCUGGGUGGCCUGCUGUCCCUGCCCGGUCUCUUGAACCAUGUCGUAGUCUUACCCAGCACAGAGAGGAUGACAUGCGCCGAGAGUUACGACCCAGGCAGCGCUGAGGCUUGGCAGCUGGUCAUACGGGUUCUCGGGCACAUGUUAGGGUUUCUACUCCCUUUGACAGUUAUGGUGGUGUGCUAUGGUGUGAUUGUGGCUCGACUCCUGCGGACCCGGGGCGGUUUCCAGAGGAACAGGGCCAUGAGGGUGAUUGUUGCGCUGGUUUUGGCCUUUCUGCUUUGCUGGAUGCCCUACCACCUGGCUGUGAUGGCGGACACCCUAUUCCGGGCAAAAGUGGUGGGGUAUGGGUGCCGAGAGAGGAACGCUGUGGACACAGCCAUGCUCGCCACCCAGAGUCUGGGCCUGCUGCACAGCUGCGUCAACCCGGUUCUCUAUGCCUUUGUCGGGGAGAGGUUUAGGAGGAGGCUGUUCCAGAAAGUGGGUGUGAUGGAGCAGCGAGCGUCAUUGACCAGGGCCAGCAGAUACUUCUCUCAGACCUCAGAGGCCACCUCCACAUUCAUGUGAUCUUUAAUUGUGUGUUUUUACCCCUGAUUAUACGAAGAAUCAAUGAGUCAUGAUGAGGACUCCGGUGCUAUGCUGUGGGUGUGCAGGAGUACGCCCACAUAAAUGUCAACAAACUGGACUUUAAAACAGCCUUCUUACUUGUCUUUACAUGUAUUAUUGUAUUAACUCAAUGCAUCAAUUUUUUUUGUUUUGUGAAAAGGAAGUGUAAUGCCCCUGGCGGGUUUUGAACGCAUGUCUCCCAGCACUGCUCCAAUACAUCUGUACCAUUUUUGUGGGGUAUAGUAACAGGCCUACGUAAGCAAGGUCCAUGACAUACAUUUUUAUAUAUAUUUUUUAUUUUAUUUUACCCUUUUCUCCCCAAUUUUCGUGGUAUCCAAUAGUUAGUAAUUACUAUCUUGUCUCAUCGCUACAACACCCAUACAGGCUCGGGAGAG